AUGAUUGAAACUCUCCCUGGACCUCCACCAGUAUCAAGAGCUCAUCGCAUGCUACCACAAAGACAAGACGAAAUGUACAAAAUCGUACAAGACUUAAUUAAAUCUGGUCAUGUUCGCCACUCAACAUCAAAUUAUGCUUCACCAGGUUUCCUAACGGCUAAAAAAGACGGCAAAUGGAGACUAGUAGUCGAUUAUAAGAAAUUGAAUGCAAUUACAAAGAAGGACAACAAUCCACUUCCGAAUAUGGAAGAAACUAUUCAACUUCUUGGAGGCGGUUAUUCAUAUUUUUCGAAGUUGGAUCUCAAAUCUGGAUUUUUUCAGAUUCCAAUUCGUGAGGAAGAUCGUCAUAAAAUAGCGUUUAUAACUCCAUUCGGUCUUUAUGAAUUCACUGUUUUGGCACAGGGUUUAAAGAACUCUCCUCCCACAUUUCAACAUGUAAUGUCAAAAUUAUUGGAAUCCUGUAGAAAGUUUUCAAUGGUCUAUCUUGACGACAUUAUAAUAUUUUCAAAAUCAUACGAAGAACAUAUUGAUCAUUUAAACCAAGUAUUAAUUCAAUUAGAUGAAAGUAACAUCCUCCCAAGAAUAACACCGUUACAUGAAAACAUUAAAGCAAUAUUAGAAUUAAAAGAACCAUGUACACUAAAACAAGCCAACAAGUUUAUCGGUGGUAUUGCUUGGUAUUGGAAGUUUAUACCUAAAUUUUCCACAGUUGCAGCUCCUAUCCAUGCAGUUACAAAUCUAACAAAAGUCAAUCAUCACAAAUUCCGCUGGAAAAAAGAGCAAUCUGAUGCAUUCCAUGAAUUAAAACGAUUAUUAACAUCGGAACCUUUAUUUCUUGCAUUUCCAGUUGAUUCUGAACCAAUGAUUUUAUUUACUGAUGCAUCUGGUGUUGGUGUAGGUGGCGUUUUACAACAGAAAAUUAAUGGACAAAUGAGAAAUUUGUAUUAUCAUUCACAAUUAAUUACACCAGCUCAGAAAAAUUACGAUACCAUCGAAAAAGAAGCCUUAGCUAUCUGGGUGUCGGUCCAUAGGAUGCGGCCCUAUUUAUUAGGAAGAUCAGUUAUAAUUUAUACCGAUCAUUGUCCAAUUUGCAAGAUGACCACAAAAACUAUUAAAAAUAAACGAGUUGAUCGUUUAUCGAUCCUGUUGCAAGAAUUUAACAUUGAACAAGUGAUUCACAUCAAAGGUCAUCACAACUGUUUACCAGACUACUUGUCACAUCAGCCAGUUACACAUGAUGAAGAUGAGUUUUUCGAUCAGGAUUAUGGAAUUCAGUCAAAACCAUUAGUUAGCAUUACAACACGCUCAAAAACCAGAGCUUUUCAGCAACAAUCAGCUCCAGCACCAGCAGCUUCAGGUCCGCAACAAACAGUCGAUUUAGGUCCACAUAAAGAUCACGAUUCAUCUAAAAAUCAAGAUCAAAAUGUCCCAAAAUAUUCAUCAAAUCAUUUUGAUAUUAGACACUUAAAAGAAGAACAAGAUAAAGACCCGGCUAUUCAACAAAAAAUUAAACAACUAGAACAGAAUCCCAAAAAUCAAAAUUAUUUAUACGAAGACGGUAUUUUGUAUCGCAUGAUCUCAAGAAAAGAUAAUGGAAGAAAUUCAAAACUUAUUUAUCUACCAUCAUCGAUGAUUAAAACAAUUCUAAAAGCUUAUCAUGAUGAUCCAUUUACCGGACGACAUUUUGCUGCCAAUCGCACGUUUCAGAAAUUAAAACAUCAAUAUUGGCGGCCGAACAUGAAAUAUGUAAUCACUCAAUAUAUCAGCGCAUGUCUUCCAUGUCAGCAAAAUAAUCACAAUCGUCAAAAGAAACCAUGA